UUGAGCGACGCGCGUUAUUUUUUCGAUGUAGAUUUAUGUAAAAUUGAGCGUGUUUUUGAUAAAAAUCGACUAUUAUUAAGUAAUAUUUAUAUGAAUAAUAAUUUAUUACGUGCUUUGUGAUGAUUGAAUGUGUAUUUUUCUUGUUAAAAUGACGUUAAAUGUUGAUUAUUGACGAGGAUGUAAGCAUGUUCAAGUAUCUGUGACAUGAAAAACGAAUUAGUGGUCUCGUAUUCUUUGCAUUAUAAAGGAAUUUUUUGAUGCUAGCGGGCAGGAUUCGGGAUGCUGUGAUGUCGAGGCAUCAUGUGGAACAGCUUGGGUUGGAUUCUGGCGAUUGCGAAUGUAGUAUCAUCAUUGUCACCAGUAAUUAAAAUUGGAGCAAUUUUUACCGAAGACGCGAGAGGGGGGAGCGCUGAGCUGGCAUUCAAAUACGCAAUAUAUAGAAUAAACAAAGAGAGAAGUAUUCUUCCUGAAUCCACUCUGGUAUAUGAUAUACAAUACACCACUCCCAGGGAUACGUUUCGAGCUUAUAAAAAAGCGUGCAUACAAAUAAAGUCAGGGGCGGUGGCCAUCUUCAGCAGCGCAGGUCCUCUCCUGGGUUCCACGCUGUCCGCAAUGUGCCAAUCGCUGCACGCGCCACACUUCACUAUAGACCCUAAGUAUAUAGCACCACAAAACAGCACAAUGUCAUUCACAAUCAACCUGUAUCCAUCGCGCGAGCUGCUAGACUCGGCGUUCACGGAUCUCACAGCGUACCUUAACUGGUCCAGAAUGGGAAUUAUUUAUGAAGACUAUGGUUUCGGUGAACUCAACAUCGGCAAUCUGGCCCGCGACGGCAGAGACAUGUACGCGGUGCGCUGCGACGCGCGUGACUACCGACGUGCGUUGUACCAGUUGAAAACCCAGGGCAUUGCCCAUAUCAUUGUGGACACCGAUCCCAGGCAUUUGAGGCAGCUAGCGAGAGCUAUCCUACAGUUACAGAUGAACAACGAAAACUAUCAUUAUAUCUUUACAUCUUUUGAUAUGGAACUAUUUGAUUUAGAAGAUUUUUACUACAAUCGAGUGAACAUGAGUGGAUGGAGGCUGGUCAACAGGGAUUCGGAUAAAGUCAAGGAUGCUUUGCAAGUCAUGGAGAAGUUCCAUCCUAUUGGCGCUUCCAUACUCUCUGGUGGGCAUAUCAAGACUGACCCAGCACUUUUAUACGACGCUGUACAAGUUUUGGCCCUAGCUCUCGCCUCGACCAAGGACGUCCACAAGACCAACGUGUCCUGUGACACGGAGACCCCGAUGGCCCAUGGGACAAUGCUUCUGGAGAAUAUACAUAAGGUUCAAGCGCAAGGCCUAACUGGACCUAUGGAGUUCACGAACGGCGUCCGCACCACGUUCAACCUGCAGCUGAUGAGACUGGUGGGGGGUGUUGGGGGUGCUUGGGGUGCUGGGGGUCGCGAUGGUGGCACCGUCAUGUCGGGGACUUGGAACCCCACGGAUGGGCUGGAAGUUACCGAUCCAGCCGCUUAUAGAAGAGACCCACCACCGAACGUUACCCUCACUGUGGUUACUGUUGAGGAAAAACCCUACGUCAUGGUGAAGGAAGGCUGGAACCUCCAAGGGAACGCCAGGUUCGAGGGUUUCUGCAUAGACCUGCUGGCCCGCGUGGCCGCCCGCGCCGGGUUCGAUUACCGGCUGCGGCUCGUGCCGGAUAACAUGUACGGCGCGUGGGACCCGGACACGGGCCAGUGGAACGGGAUCGUGAGGGAGCUCAUCGAUCGGAAAGCGGAUAUCGCCGUCGCGUCGAUGACAAUCAAUUACGCUCGAGAAGUCGUUAUAGAUUUCACGAAGCCUUUCAUGAAUCUGGGCAUUGGGAUUUUGUUUAAGGUACCCUCGUCUCAGCCAACGCGUCUUUUCAGUUUUCUGAAUCCGCUCGCCAUAGAGAUAUGGCUGUACGUUUUGGCCGCAUAUAUCCUGGUCUCCUUCACGUUAUUCGUUAUGGCUAGAUUCUCACCUUAUGAAUGGUCCAGCAGUACGCACGUGUGUGGUCACGAAACGAAAUUAUUAACGAAUCAGUUUAGUGUGUGUAACUCCAUUUGGUUCAUAACCGGGACGUUUUUACGACAGGGCUCGGGUUUGAAUCCUAAGGCGACAUCCACAAGGAUUGUUGGUGGAAUCUGGUGGUUCUUUACGCUGAUUAUACUAUCGUCUUACACUGCUAAUUUGGCCGCUUUCCUAACGGUCGAAAGGACGGUGCUGCCCAUACAGAGCGCGGCGGACUUGGCCGCUCAGAACAGUGUCCAGUACGGCACGCUCAAUGGAGGGUCUACAAUGACGUUCUUCAGAGACUCCAACAUAGAUAUAUACCAGCGUAUGUGGCAGCACAUGUCAACUGCGUCACCACCAGCGCUAGUGUCCUCGUACGAGGAGGGAGUUAGGAGGGUUUUGGCGGGAAACUAUGCGUUUUUAAUGGAGUCGACCAUGUUAGAUCAUAGAGUACAGAGGGAUUGCAAUCUGACACAGAUCGGCGGGUUGUUGGAUUCGAAGGGUUACGGUAUAGCGACAUGGAAGGGCAGUCCGUGGAGGGACAAGAUAUCACUAGCCAUACUGGAGUUGCAGGAGAAGGGGGUGAUACAGAUACUGUAUGAUAAAUGGUGGAAGAAUACGGGAGACGUCUGUAAUCGUGACGGGAAAGACAGCAAGGCGAAUCCUCUGGGCGUUCAGAAUAUUGGUGGAGUGUUCGUCACACUCCUUUGUGGCCUGGUGCUGGCGAUAGUGGUGGCGAUAUUAGAGUUCUGUUGGAACACGAGGAAGAACGCCUCGCAGGGCAGACAGUCCUUGUGCAGCGAGAUGGGACAGGAGCUACGUACAGCGAUGCGAGGCGGUUCAUCCAGGACCGUGUUGAAGCCUGGAUGCUCGAGAUGCUCUCCAGCCACGCACGUGCCACCAGCUCCAGCGAGAUAUGAGGCUGACGCGUCCAGCACAGUGGAGCUCAAAGAGCUGCGCUGGUCAUAGCGCGGGGCGCGGCGCGGCGCCUCCGCGCCCGCCUCGCCCGCGCCCCCCGCGCCCUCCGCGCCCCUCGCGCCCCGCGCUCCCG